GAUGGGGUCCCUGCCGCGCUUCGUGGCCCCGGCGCCGCGGCGGCCGCCGCCGCUGUUGCUGCCUCUGCUGCUGCUGCUGCUCCUGCCAGCCUUCCCCGCCGCCGAUGCCGCCGCCACCCGCGGCCGCCCGCUCCCGGGGAGGUUCGGCUGUUUGUUUGAGGAUGACCUUUGCAGACCAUUUGAAAUCUGUGUAAAUGAUGGAGUAUUUGGAAGAUGCCAGCAGGGGCCUGUGAUAGACAUAUACAGAUAUGAAGUUUCACCCCCAGUUCUUGAGCAUCUAAGGACCAUCUUGAAGAAGCUCUCCCACAGAGGUUUUACUUGGCAAGAUGAUUAUACUCAGGGCACAGUAGCCCAGGAACUUGAAAAUAUCCCCAAAAUCCACCAGUGGCACCCUGAACCUUUAGCAAGUGAUGGAGUCAACUCAAUCAGGACUUCCAAGCCAAAGGUUGAUAAUAAAAGACCAUCCACUCUGGAAAAGGACAUCAACUUGGCCAAGAGUCUUCAGCAGUAUCUCAUAUACCUGAGGCUUCUUGCACAUGCCUCUACCCCUGAUGUAUAUCCAAGGAUUAAGAGUGACAAAGCUGCUGUACAGAACAAUCUCUUCCCAGAACGUCUACUAAACUACAUAGUACAGAAGGCCAGAGGAAGUAGCCCUGAGCUGGCCUAUGUUCCCAUAUCUCAUCCAAAUUAUCCUGAUAAUCCGUCUCUGAGGGCCUUCAGCCAAGUCCAGCCAGACACAUUCUCCUACAACCUGGACCCAGAUCUCGACAAACAGAAUCUGAUUGCUGCUCUCAAGGCUUACAUGGCCCAGAAUGUGGCAGAGGAGAACCCUGAUAAAGGCUCCAUUGGCAGGACUAGAGAUGGCCCUCAUUUUGGUAAUCGAUUUCUGUCACCAUACAAUGAAGCCUUCUCCAAAGAGGAAGAAAUGGGCGUGAAGGCAAAACCACUUCUCCUCCUGCAAACAGGCUUAAGAGAGCUAAGACCGGGUUCUGGAAUGUCAGUUCAGAAGUUGGUGUCUGUGCCAGGGAAUGACAAGGACUCCCUGAGUACACUGGAUGAAACCUUGAUUCAGAAUGUCCGGAAGGACCUAAAGAAGAAACAGGGAAAUGUGGAUAAUUUGAGUCCCCUGGAGUUGCAAAAUAUGGCUGAUGUGAUCACAGAUGCCAUGCAAGGUUCAGAUACAGAAGAAAUGCCUGGAAUUGUGGGAAUUGAGGCUGACGGAGAACAAAGGGAACAAGCAAUGAAAGGAGUCAACAGUCCAGAAUCAAAAGCCUACCAGAAUGGCUUGAAGGUUGAAGAUAAUUCAAAAGGUAGCAGAUUUCAGGAAAGUGAUGAUGGAGUUGAUGAGAAGGUGAAAGGUUUGGAUACCAACUUGGUGGGUCUUGUGAAUGAGCAGAACGCUCGACAUCUGCCUGAAAGAUUCCCUUCUGAAAAGCCCUUUAAAACAGAGACCAAGAAAUCAGAAGAUACUGAAUCUUCCUUUUCCUCCGAAGAGGAGAGUGCUGGGGUUGAAAAUGUGAAGAGUGAGACCUAUUCCCAAGAACUGACAGCAGACGAGAAGCCAAAUGCUGACCCUGAUGCCAAUGAAUUUGUGGAGUUUCAGGACUGGAUGCAGAGUACCUUAAAACAAGAUGAAAGACUCUCUGAAGGACCUCCCAAAGUUCCAGAGGAAGGCCUACAAUUAGAGGUGAAGUCUUCUGACGAGGAAGAAUAUGGCUACAUUGUGACAGAAAAAGACCCUCUGAGUGUGGAGAAGGGGAAGAAGUUGAUCAAGGAUGUGGCAUAUCUACUGAAGUUGCCCCCAACCACCAUUAUAGAUGUCAGUGUGCUGGGACCAGCGGUGACCUUCAAAGUGAGCUCCAGUUUCCAAAAUAUGACAACUGCAGAUGUUGCAAAGGCAGCAGCUGACAACAAAGACAAGCUUGAAAAAGCCUCAGGACUGAAAAUUCUCGAAACUGGAAUUGGGUCGAAAAGCAAAUUAAAGCUUUUACCUCAUGGAGUAGAGCAAGAAGAUUCUACUAAAUUCAUUAUCCUCACCCUGAUCUCCAUUGCUUGCAUCAUUGGGGUCCUCCUAGCUUCAGGGGUCCUCUAUUGCCUCCGCCAUAGUUCUCAUCACAAGCUAAAGGAGAAGCUUUCAGCACUAGGAGCUGAUUCAGGUUCUGAUGCUACUGCUGCUUACCAGGAGCUUUGCCGUCAGCGAAUGGCUGUCAAGACAUCUGAUCGCCCAGAGCCACUGCACACUUCCCGUAUCAAUAGUGUUUCAUCACAGUUCAGCGAUGGGCCCAUGCCAAGUCCCUCUGCUCGGAGCAGCACUUCUUCCUGGUCUGAAGAACCAGUCCAAUCCAACAUGGACAUCUCCACCGGUCACAUGAUCUUGUCCUACAUGGAAGAUCAUUUAAAGAAUAAGAACCGACUGGAGAAAGAAUGGGAAGCACUCUGUGCCUACCAAGCUGAGCCAAACACAUCUCUGGUAGCCCAGAAAGAAGAGAAUGUGCAGAAGAAUCGUUCUCCUACUGUGCUAACAUAUGAUCAUUCCAGGGUACUUUUGAAAUCUGAAAAUAGCCACGACAAUUCUGACUACAUCAAUGCAAGUCCCAUCAUGGAUCAUGACCCCAGAAAUCCUGCAUAUAUUGCUACCCAAGGACCACUUCCGGCUACUGUGGCUGACUUUUGGCAGAUGGUCUGGGAGAACGGCUGUGUCGUUAUUGUCAUGCUGACACCCCUCACGGAGAAUGGAGUCAAGCAGUGUUACCACUAUUGGCCAGAUGAAGGGUCCAACCUUUACCACAUCUAUGAGGUAAAUCUGGUGUCUGAGCAUAUCUGGUGUGAGGAUUUCCUUGUGAGAAGCUUUUAUUUGAAAAAUCUUCAAACCAAUGAAACCCGGACCGUAACCCAGUUCCAUUUCCUUAGUUGGUAUGACCAGGGAGUUCCUUCUUCUACAAGAUCACUUCUGGAUUUCCGCAGAAAAGUAAACAAGUGCUACAGGGGCCGUUCUUGUCCAAUUAUUGUUCAUUGCAGUGAUGGCGCUGGAAGGAGCGGCACCUACGUGCUGAUUGACAUGGUUCUCAAUAAGAUGGCCAAAGGUGCUAAAGAGAUUGAUAUUGCUGCUACCCUGGAGCACUUGAGGGACCAGAGACCAGGCAUGGUCCAGACAAAGGAGCAGUUUGAGUUUGCCUUGACAGCAGUGGCCGAGGAAGUAAAUGCAAUACUAAAGGCACUCCCCCAGUGAGCAUCCCCAUUCCUUGAAGCUUUCUGAAGACUCAUCCCUCAUCUCCUCAUCCUCCAUCCCUGUGAAUGUUGUUGGAAACCAUAACUUGACCUUAACUGUGUCUUCUAUUGUAAUCACAUAGUUGUAGAGUCUUCAAAAUGCCUAUAGUUGGUACAGUUUUAGCAGUUAAAAUGUGUAUUUUUGUUUAAAUAAAAAAUAUAUAGAAACAUCCAGUGUUGGGAAAGGGGGGGGGAAUAAUUAAGCUAUUCAUUUUCACUUUCUUGAAAUAAUUUUUCAGUUCCUGAAAACACACAUUUAAUUUCAAAUAAUAUAAUAUUAGUAGUUCACUAAUUAGUAUAUUCUUAUGCUUUCAGAAAAGAGUGCUUAGUUUUUCAUCUAUAACUUUCCAAAGGAAGACUGAUAGGGUCUUAAAUAAAAACCUCACGGGUUAGAAAAAAUCACAUUGGACAUAUACACACACACACACACACACACACACAAAAAUACA